AUGAGGGAUUGCCCAAUGUUUGCUACAAAAGGAAGGGAAGGCAAGCAGGCUCCUCCUAGUGGUUUGAAUUCCAAUGCUCCAAAGCAAAACCGCUUCUAUGCUCUCCAAACCCGAGGUGACCAAGAUAGUUCUCCGGAUGUAAUUACUGAUAUGUUAAGAGUCUUUCAACAUGAUGUAUAUGCUUUACUUGACCCCGGUGCUAGUUUGUCUUUUGUGACGCCAUUUAUGGCCAUGAAGUUUGAUUUACUCCCCGAUGUAUUGUCAGAACCAUUUUCUGUCUCUACUCAUGCUGGAGAUUGUGUGGUGGCUAAGAGGGUUUAUAGAAAAUGUCCCGUUUCCUUGUCCCAUAGAGUUACUUUUGUUGACUUAGUAGAGCUUGAUAUGUUAGACUUUGAUUUCAUUCUUGCCUCGUCUGAUGAGGUAACUAGCUCGGAGUCCAUACCUGCACCACGAAAUGAUGACCCUACUCCACUAGCCGGCGAGCUAAAUAGGUGGUGUGCUGAAGGCCAAUGGCAAAUUUAUCGGGAUGCCAAGAUGCCAACCCCUAUACAAGUUCUCCCACUUUCCGCUUUGGAUUCUCAGCUGUUUUUGCGCUUCACCAUCGAAUAUUUGCUAGUUUACAAGCCCUCACGCCAUGUAUUAGAUAAACCAGCUGCAGUGAACCGUAUCAAAGCCGCACUUGGUCGAGCCCUGGUCCCUUACUACCCCUUAGCCGGAAGAGUCAGGGCUCGAACAAACGGCUCAGCAGGCCUUGAAGUGGUCUGCAGAGCACAGGGUGCGGCCUUCAUACAAGCCGCCUCCGAUCUCACGGCAAAAGAAUUUGAAGGAGCUCCCCGGCAUAACACGCAGUGGAUGAAGCUGUUGUCAUUACAAGUAACCGACGUCCUUAAAGGGGCUCCACCAUUAGUUGUCCAGCUGACGUGGCUAUCCGAUGGAUCGGCGACGUUAGGCGUUGGAUUUAAUCAUUGUCUUUGUGAUGGAAUUGGUAGUGCUGAGUUCCUCAACUUGUUCGCUGAAUUAGCUACUGGUAAGCAAAAAUUCACUGAAUUAAAGCGUCAAGUAUGGAAUCGUUAUCUGAUGGAUCCAAACAUUUAUAAUAAGCGCAUUUAUCAACAAAAUCAUCCCGAGUUUAAGAAAGUACCUGAUCUUUGUAACUUUGAUUCUCAAUUUUCUCAACUCGCACCUACUUCAGUUACAUUCAACAGGAGCAGAGUAAACGAAUUGAAGAAAUUAUUAACAUACAAUCAAUCCUCUUGCACUUCGUUUGAAGUACUCUCUGCUCAUAUAUGGAAGAGUUGGGCCACAUCAUUAAAUUUACCACCCAACCAAACAUUAAAAUUAUUAUUUACCAUCAACAUACGGAAUCGAGUGCAGCCAAGCUUGCCCAUCGGUUACUACGGUAACAGAUUCGUCUUAGGAUGCGCUCAAUCUUCUGCUAGAGAUUUAGUUGAAAAGGGAUUGGGAUACACAGUUGGAUUAGUGAAAAGAGCAAAAGAGCGAGUAGACGAUGAGUACGUUAAAGAAGUGGUGGAAUUAGUGAGUUCAAAUGGAACGAGUCCAGACUCAGUAGGUGUGUUAAUAAUGUCACAAUGGUCAAAACUGGGAUUAGAGAAAGUUGACAUAGGAAUGGGGAGGCCUGUUGAAGUAGGGCCAGUUUGUUGUGAUAGGUACUGUAUAUUAUUGCCAGUGUAUGAUCAGAAGGAUUCUGUGAAGGUAAAUGUUGCGGUCCCUACAAGUGCGGUUGACAAAUACUUGUAUCUUUUAAACACUACCACCACCAUUGGCACCUGACAAACAAGAUUUGACGGACGAUAUUCAAUUUCAUGACUUGAUUACACUUUAUAUAUGAAGGAGUACCUCUUCUUUUUUUCGAAUUUAAUGAGUACUAACAUAUAUAUGUUGACUUCAUGUACAUCGAUCGAUCAAUCCACGGAGGAAAAAAAAUGAGUAAAAGAUGAAUUUGUUGACUUUGUAAUUCUUUUGCUUCGUAUAAUUCAAUCUUAUUUAGGCAA